AUGUGGACAAAUGGUUAUAAAGCUUAUGGAUAUACACCUCAACGAGAUAUGCAAACAAACAAUUGGUUUAAUCAAAGUAUGAUGGGUUUAAGCAAUCCAUACGGUGGUAUGCGCUUCGACAAUUAUAUGGGCAUGGGUAUGGGCAUGGGCAUGGGUAUGGGUAUGGGUGCGACUACAAAUUCAUUGGCUAGUCAAAUGUAUGGAAAUUCCUAUCAACCAUAUAGUGGUCUCGGUUAUCAAUUUAAAGGAUGGUAA